AUGAGACAGCGUAAGCAGCCGAAGAAGCGAUUAAUAAGCGUCAGUUCAUCGGUUACUUUGAAACCCAGCAGCGCAUCGUCGGUCACCCCGAGUCACGCGACACAGGUUGGUGGAUCUAUGUUCGCCCCGCCGAGCCGGAAACCGAAUCCCGCGGCGGCUUCUUUCCUUCGAAACACCUCCACGAAGCGCCCCGCGGACGGUCCCGCCGGGGGUCUGUCCGCGAAGGACUUCCUCAAACGGAAACAGGCAUCGGCGAACAGGAGCAUGAUGAUCGACGUCCAAGAAGCCGCGAAGCUGGGCACGGUCAUGGGCGAGGAUCUACGACGCGAAGAGGAAGAGCGCGAAAAGAAAAAGGAACGCGAAGAGCGAGAGCUAAAGCGGAAGCAAGAGCAAGAGGAGAGAGAGGCUCGCAAGCUCAAAGAGCAGGAAGAGAAACAGCGCCGCAUCCAGCGAAUGAUGCAGGAGCGAGAACAGAAAAAGGCUCAAGAGGCUGAGAAGAAGCGUCUGCGCGAGGAAGAGCGCGCGGCGGCGGCGGCGGCGAAGCGCAUGCGCACGGCGUCGUCGCCGGAUCAACGCGAGGGCGUCGCGACGCCGUCGCCGGAUCAGGAGCCGAUUCCGGGGUUUUGAACAGCACGCAGUGUACGUACAGUUCCAGUAUGACAGGACAUUUUUUACAGUAGUAGCAAGCGGUAGACAAAAGGCAGAGCGCCGAAAGCCCCCGGCGGCGCCGGGGAACAAAAAAAUAGAAAGAAAAGCAGCGAAAAAAACAAAAAUAGACGGGUGUUUAGCAGCGAGAGCAUUGAACGAAACGAUUCAGUCUCACG